UCAGAACUAUUUUAUCUAAUGCACUGCUUCGAAGACAAAGAAUACCAAGUAGAUCCCCAGUGCAAUGUAAAAUUUGAUCAACAACAAAUUAAAUUGCAGAGCCUGAUGAAACCCCAAGUCACCAAGUGUUCAGACACACAAGUGGCACACUGUACCAGCAAAGCACCAGGUGUAAAAGCUUUCAAGCCUCCUCAUAAUGGCAGAAGACAGUUGCAGUCAGAUGUAAAGUGUGAUCAAUUACAUGCCCUCACUUGCAUAAGUUACACCAAGAUAUUUGUGGAGAUAAUACUAGUCUCCAUUGCUGCUUCACCAAAACCUGACACCUGAGAAACAUUCAGG